CACUAGUGAUGGUUUCGUUUUAGUUUCGCCAUAGUAAUGUUGGUUGUACUGAUCAUUCAAAACAAAGUACCGGUUAUAACGUAUCUAACAGACGUUGUAUUACGAUUACGCUUUCCAGAAAGCAAGGAAAGUUGUGUGUGUCAGUUUUAUUGAUUAUAAUUAAAAUUUUAAUAAAAUAUUAAAAUGAGUCGUCAUCGAAGGUAUGCUAGUGAUUUUACAGAUUCGCUGAACAGUUUUCAAUACAAUACUAGCUCUGAGUUAGAUUCCUGUAUGAUAAGUUCAUUUUCUAAGGACAGUUUGAAUGAGGUUGAAGGAAGGAAUGACAUCUCUAAUGAUUUUAGACAUAAUUGCAAUCAUUCCACUAUUUUAGAUGACAACUUUGAAACAGAUUGUACUCUUUCGAAUGCAUCUAUUUCAUCUACCACAUUUACUCCAUUUGUGCCAGAUUUAAAUAAACGUAUUGAUUUAUUUAAAAGUGAAAACUUAAGAGAACCACUUAAUAAUGAUAUUACGGAUUUAUGUAACAAAAGUAAAGAUAAUAAAGAAAAUAAUAAUCCUCAAUGUGCAAUGAAAAAUAUACAGUUAGAGAAUAGAACACCUAAAAAAUUGAUCAGUGAAUUAACAUCAACUGCAACAAAACAGGAUGUAUCAGAGUUGCAUAACAAAUUAAAAUGUAAUAUAAUAAAUGAAGUGUCAAAGAGAGAUAGUAAUUAUAACAUACACAACAAUAAAUUUGAUGUAGUUCCUGUAGCAGAAGAAAAUAAAGAUAUACAUACUAAUGGAAUAAUAAAUUUUGAAACUAUACUCUCUUCAUUAGAUAAUCAGUUGAAUCAAACGAAAGAAGUAUCACAACCAGAACAACUUUUAAAACGUCUAUCCAAUGAAUAUGUCCAUUGUCCAAAGAAUUUCACUGAAAAACUAUUAACCAUUAUUGAAGAAUCUAUUAUCAAUAAUGGUGAUGCCUCUAAUGCAUCUGCAAUAAAUUUGAGCAGAUUAACAACAGAGUUCAGAAAAAUGUGUAAAUUCAUUGAAGAUGAAUCUUCUCCUGAUUGGCCUUCAUCUGUAAUGACUACACCUCCAUAUCCAAACCAGGUGGAUGCAAUUCCUGAAUGUAAUAAAUUUGAGUCCACCAAUUCAUCUAAAACUGAACACUUAUUAACUGCAUCUAUGAGUACACCAUGUAUACCACCUACCACACCUCUGUCUGCCAUAAGUGUAAUUAAAAGAAGAUUCUUCCAAAAAAUGUCAAAACAUAACUCUGUUGGAAGCAUUGAUAAUUUAAUUAAUACAUCAUCAAAUGUAUCUAGUACUGACUCUUUUGAACGUUUGGAAGCUCAGUGUAAGAGAUUAUUCCCAGAAGAGAAAGAAUGUCCUCAACCAUUACAAAAAAGUUUAUCAGUGCCUUCUUUAUUAAGUAUGACUGAAGUGGAAAAUAUGUGUGAACAACAAAUGGCUUCUUUAAGUAUUUCUAAUACAUCUGAUACAGAAAAAUCAAUCAGAAGUACACCUAACUUACUGGAUUCACGUUUACAUCAAAGCCCAUUGAUAAAGAAAUUCAAUACAGAGAAAGGAUUAAGUUUUCCUAAAUUACAACAAGAGUUAUACCAUGAAUCAACAAAUUUUGGACAUGAUGUAUCUUAUUCAAAAAAAAAAUCUAUAAAAAUUAACAGAAAGUCUGAAGGUCCAGAUGAAUUGGAACAGACACUUUUGCAAGAUAUAGCUAAGAAAAGAAAAAGGUGCCUUGAUACAGCAAGACUUAUUAAAAAAAUCAAUGCUGAUACAAAAAUAAGACUAGAAGAAAAUGAUAAUAAAUCAGACUCAUUAUCCAGUGAUGAAGCUAAGUUCUUAAAAACCCUGACAUCUUGUAAAGAUUAUCAAACAUAUUUAGAAAAACGGAAACCGCUUUUUCAUUUUCUGAGGAAUCCUUGUCUGCCCGAAACCACAGUUAAGAACAACACAAGCACUGAUUCUAAGUACAAAGUUAAAAUUCCAGACAUAGAAGUGUUAAAUGCGAGUAUGUCACCAAGAGCAGAGAAAAAUACAUUGAGUUCAAAUAUAGCAUCUUGUAUAUGUAAAUCACCAUUGUCAAAAAGCAGAAAUCAAGAAACUAAAGAGAAAAAAAAGUGUUCACAAACAAAAUUUUUUUUUACAUCAGGGAAAACUCCUCCAAAUAAAUAUUGCAAGAAAAAAAAGAUAUAUUUUCCAAGUAUGUAUAGUCCAAUAAAAGAUACAAAGGAGAAAAAUAUAGAAAGUUCAGCCUCACAAGGGCACAGAAAGAAUUUUAAUACUGUAGUUUCACCAGUUGGUAUGUACAUAAGAGGUACAGAUAUGCAACUUAUAAAAAAUGUACGAGCUAGAAAAGGUGGUUUGCUAUUUACACCUGUAAAAAUGAAUGAUACAGCAUCCCCAAGUAGAAACUCAAGACAAACUAUUCUAUCAAAAAGUUUAACUAAACCUCAAGGACAAACAUCACUGAAAAUUAAUUUAUCACCAAAAUUCAGAAGAAAUCAAUCAUACAAACAAGAAAUUACAUCAGCAGCAUGUGAGACUGAUAGUGCACAUAAAAAUGAUUUUGUACUUCCUAGGGUCUCUUAUAAACUUCCUUUACAAGUUAAGACAAUAAAGGAAAUUAAAUCUCCUAAAUCAGGAGCUCGUGUAAAGAAAUUGCUAGAAUCAAUGGAAAGCAAAGUUGUUAUACGACAUGAAGAAUCAAUUCAAUCUGGAAACAGAAGAAUGCAGGAAUAGUAACAAAUAAUGAAAUAGUAGAAAUUAAUUAUGAACCAGAAGAUGAAUCUAUACAUAUCGAACAGGCAGCUAGUAAAACGAAUUUUCUUCAUAAACAGAGAUAUAUGUAAUUAAUACGUUAAUAUUUUAUACUUCAUUUGGAAUAAACAUAAACCUUUAGUAGAGUAAUAGGUGUUAAUAAAAAUUAUAUUUUACUAUUU